AUGCCUCUUGGGAUACGGAAUCCGCUCCCCUCGUCGCUGAGCAGCGAGUGCAAGAAGGCGGGAAAGAUUCUUGCCUCGUUCGUUGAUCCGCGACAAGCCUUUGGGCCGGAUAAGAUCAUUCCACCCGAGAUUCUGGAGGGAGCCAAGGGACUUGCCAUUCUUACCGUGCUCAAGGCUGGAUUCCUGGGCUCCGCGCGGUUUGGGUCUGGGGUCGUGGUGGCUCGGCUGGCCGAUGGGACGUGGUCGGCACCGUCGGCGAUUGCGACCGCAGGGGCUGGGCUGGGAGGACAGAUCGGGUUCGAGUUGACGGAUUUUGUGUUUAUCUUGAACGACGCGGCGGCGGUGCGGACGUUCUCUCAGGCCGGCACCCUGACGCUGGGCGGCAACGUCUCGAUCGCGGCGGGGCCCGUGGGAAGGAACGCCGAGGCAGCGGGCGCGGCGAGCACCAAGGGCGUGGCGGCUGUCUUCUCCUACUCCAAGACCAAGGGUCUGUUUGCCGGCGUGAGUCUGGAGGGCAGCAUGCUUGUCGAACGCAAGGACGCCAACGAGAAGCUGUACAACAGCCGUGUCUCGGCGAGCCAGUUGCUCAGCGGUUCCAUCCGCCCCCCUCCUGCGGCGGAUCCUUUGAUGCAGAUUCUCAACUCGAGCGUCUUCUCCGGCCGCAGGUAUGGCUCUGGCUCUGGCUCUGGCGGCGGCGGCGGCAUGUACAAUGAUAUCCCUAUCUACAGCGACAGCCGCGAUGAUGUCGUCUGGGAGGGCCGUCGGGGUGACGCUUAUAGGGAAGGAGAACGCAGUGGCGGACGUGCUUCGUAUGGCAGCCGCACCAAUCUGGACGACGACUUUGGCCGUCGCCGGACCAACACGUGGGCGGACGAUACCUAUGACCGUCCUAGCGGCGGCGCGGGGAUGUUGAACCGGUCGUCGACGACGCGGACCAACCGGAUGGACACCUUUGACUCGUACAACCGCACGCGCAGCAACACCAUGCCCCACGACAACGACGACUACACCUACUCGGACAGGAAGCCCAGUCGGCCGACAGCGCCCAAGCCCGCAUUCCGUCCAGCUCCGCCGCCACCGCAGAAGAACCAGGCGAUUGCUCUGUACACCUUCGACGCCGACCAGGACGGCGACCUCGGCUUCAAGAAGGGAGACGUGAUCACCAUCAUCAAGCGCACGGACAAGUCGGAGGACUGGUGGACGGGGCGGAUUGGUGACCGGGUGGGGAUUUUCCCUAGGUAG